AUCGCGACUCAAUCAAUUUCAAUUCAAUCUCAGCGAUUCAAUCGAUUCUUCAUCAGUUUUCAUUCAACUCUAUUGAUCCUUUAUAGAAUUCUUCAUUUUUUUUUCUGAUCUUUCGUCAUGGCUUCAAACGCAAACGGAAAUUCAAGUUCAGUUGAUGCUUCCGAUCCAUUAUACCUGCAUCCUUCAGAUCAUCCAGGCCUUAUACUUAUCUCCAAGAGAUUGGAGACAGUGUUUUAUAUGCAAACACUGUGGCUGAAAUGUGGACUGAAUUGGAUGAGAGAUUUGGUCAAUCUAAUGGGGCUAGACUGUAUCAGGUUCAAAAGGAUAUCUGUUCAACUACUCAAGGUAAUCUAGAUGUUGCUGGUUAUUAUACUAAGCUCAAGAAACUCUGGGAUGAGUUAGCAUUGAUAUUGAAUCUGCCAAAGUGCACAUGUGGUGCCAUUCAAGAAAUGAUGAAACAGGAUCAGAAUCAGAAGUUAGUUCAGUUCUUAAUGGGGCUUAAUUCUGACUAUAAUACCAUCAGAGGUAACAUACUGGUAAUGAGACCUCUUCCCUCAGUGUCCACUGCUUAUGGAAUGAUUAUUCAUGAAGAAAAGCAGAGAGAAAUCCAAGGAAACACUCAGUUCAUGCCUGAACAUGCUUCUUUGAAUGCUAACAGCCAAGCAUCAUACAAAGGAAAAUAUGAUGACAAGAGAAACCUCACAUGUGAACACUGCAAGAAAAGAGGCCAUACUGCAAACAAGUGUUACAGGAUAGUGGGUUUUCCAAAGGAUUUCAGGUUCACCAAGAGCAAGAGAGUGGCUGCUGGUGCACUUUCUGGAGGAGAAUGUGAAGUAGAUGACUCUAAAAUGGAAAGGCAGAUCAAUCCAGAAUUAUGUAGUCAAUUUGUGAAAUUUCUCAGCUCUUUUCAAGGAGACAAGACUCACUAUCAUGACAGCUUUCACAGCACAAAUGGCUGGUAUGCUCCAAUCUUCCUCUGAUUUUUUGGUAAAUCAUAUGUGUAAUAAUGUGCAUGCAAUUGAUGACUUUACUUGGAUUCUAGAUACUGGAGCUACUGAUCAUAUGUGUUCUAAUUCCCAUCUUCUCACUAAACUCAAAACCUUGUCAUCCCCUCACCACAUUACUUUACCUAAUAAUCAACAGAUCAUAGU